CAAUGUCAAGAGGAACAGAGUUGUUGUAAAUUCCGUUUCAAGCUAAUCUACUAAGUUCUAACCCUUAACUACUGAAAUCAACCAAGGCACAGACUAAUCUCGAUCAAGAUCAAGAUCAAGAUCGAAUCUCAUAGUGGAAUUGAUCUCAGCUCUCUAAGGAUUGAGAAAUGAGUUCCAUAUCUGUGUUGGGGGAAGAUGAAGUUAGUUCCUUUUUCGAGUCGUCUCCACCUCUCAAGAACAUGGAAGAGAUUGUCCAUAAGCUCAACGGUUUCAUCCAGCUCAAUUCCACAGGAGGGAGGAGGAUCGUAUGUGUAACCUCAGGCGGAACUACGGUUCCCUUGGAGCAGCGAUGCGUAAGAUACAUAGAUAACUUCAGCUCUGGCAAUCGAGGUGCUGCUUCUACUGAGAACUUCGUCAAGGCUGGAUAUGCUGUCAUAUUUCUCUUUAGGAGGGGAACUUGCCAGCCAUAUUGCCGGUCUCUUCCUGAUGAUCCAUUCCUUGAGUGUUUCCAGUUUCCAGAUAACACCAACAUUCGAGUUCAUGCAUCACAUGCGGAAGCUGUGAAAAUGGCUGUUAUGGACCAGCAAGCUGCAGUAGCUGAAGCUCGCUUACUAAAGCUCCCGUUCACAACCAUCUAUGAGUAUCUUCAGAUGUUGCGGUUGAUUGCAACGGCAAUGAAAGACGUCGGUCCAUGUUCCAUGUUUUAUCUUGCUGCUGCUGUGUCUGACUUUUAUGUGCCGUGGAAGAGCAUGGUUGAACAUAAAAUAGAAUCAGGAUCUGGUCCUCUGGACAUAAGACUAGCUCAAGUUCCUAAAAUGCUUUCAAUCUUGAGAACAAAUUGGGCUCCAAAGGCUUUCUGCAUAUCAUUCAAGCUAGAGACAGACUCAAAGAUUCUGAUAGAAAAGGCUACAAAGGCUCUACAAAAGUACAAAGUGCAUGCUGUUGUAGCCAAUGAGCUAUCAACGCGCAAGGAAGAGGUUGUGGUUGUUUCAAGCAGCGGUAACGUUGUGGUUAGGUGCAAUAGCGAGAAGCCUGAAUCUAUUGUAGAGGAUAAUCUUAUUCGUCUCAUUGUAGAUCGGCAUUCGACAUAUAUCAAAGAAUUUGGCACUUGAAAUGUUUCUCAAAUGCGACAGCCGCAAUGAAAUGUCAAUGCAGACGUUCUUGAAUGUAUAUAAGUCCAACCCGACUAGAUGAGUUCAUCUUGGUGUAUUGAUGCUCUUUAGAACAAUUCUUGUUGCCUCUACUUCAGUCCUUUCUUUGGUAAUGUUCUUUAUAUA